GGGUACCUAAUCGCAGAUACUGAUUGCACAUUUCAACAGUAAAGAAGUAACAGUAAAUCGCUUUGUUUUGGUGUUUUGCUGAUAAGAGUUCCACUCUGCGUAGUCCAGCGAUUGAGCAGUUUUACGAGCAGUUUCGCAGAGACAAUUCCGCUACCAAAAGCUCACGUUGUGCCAUCUGAAAAGUUUGUUGACUUUGUUGUCGUUGCGGAACAGAUACUUCGCCUCCGAAAAUGCCAGCAACGGUGGAAAAAAUAUCAUCCGAUUCGGAUAAACACAGCAGUGAUAUAACCGCAGUUCUGUACCAUAACGAUCACGUAUUUAGUGCUGGCGGAGACGGCAAAGUUAAGGUAUGGAGCAAAGAUUUGCGACUGCUUAAGGAACUCACACCUCACGAAGUUUACAUCUACGCGAUGGCCAUUGACUCAAAAGGGCGCAUGUACACCAGCAGCUGCGAUGGGACGAUCAAAUGCCUUACCGAUCCGGUCAACGGCGAUGAAUGCAAAGAGCUGCUGAAAUGCAACGAUGAAAUUGAAUGCCUAUUUGUCGAUCGUAACGACAACCUGUACAGUGGCGACGAUAAAGGCAUCAUCACCAUGUGGAUCGAUCAGCGCAUCAAGUACAAGUUUAACGUGGUGGAGCAAGUUCGUUCGAUGGCCAUACAGAACAACAUAAUCUACUCGAUUCGGGACAAUGAUCUUACGGUGACAGAGAUCAUCGAAGGAUCUGCGUCCGGCCGCUUUAUGACCAAAGCUUCCAUCCCCGGCAAGUGCCCGGUGAAACUGUGCGGUAACUGCACCGAAGAUGGUGUGUACAGUAAUGUGGCCAUACUUACGCGCGAUGGGCUCGGCAUAACCAUGAUAAAGAAUAGCCGAAAAGAUCAAUACCCCGUGAUAUGGACCAAAGAGCAUGCCCAUAAUAUGAUUAUUAAUGCCAUGAGUGCUAGUGACGAGUACCUGUACACUGCCGGCUAUGGUGGUGCGUUGAAGCAGUGGUCCGGGAUCGACACCCAAGAACCGAAACUUACCGGCGAGGUAGUCGUUGGUUCUGAUAGCGUUUGUAUUAACUCAGUGGCUGUCGGUGCCGAGAAAACUACCGUUUACGUCGGGGGCAGCGAUGGACAUCUGCAGUUAGUAAAAUUCGUCUAAUUAUACGAUACUACUUCCGCCUAGCAACGGGUCGCUCACUUUAUGUUACAAAUGAUGCCUGGUGCCAUCGAAAUGCUUGCCUAUUGCAACAAUAGUUAAACCUUCGCCAAAAAAGACUUUAAACUCAUAAAUGAAAUCAAAGAUCGCUUGUGGUCCAAUCGGAUGCGAUACGAGCGUUAAUUUAUAACAUACCGAUCGGAGCCAAAGCUCUAACUACCGCUGGAGGCAAAGGGUACCAAAGUUAAACAUAUUUCUGCGAAAAUGUGCAUGAAAUAAAUGCAAAUUAUUUGAUGCAAUUUUACAAAAAAACAACAAAUCUUAUGUUUUCUUUGUAGUGAAAUACAAUUUUAUUUAACGGAAGGAAUUGAAAAUCAGCUGAAUUGUUUAAUUUUGUUAGAAAAUCACGAAAUAAAUUGC